AGGGGACACUGGAUAAUAUUGCAAUGCAAGCUCUAGAGCACAUUCACUCAAAUGAGGUCAUCAUGACUAUUGGCAGAUCUCGCACUGUGGAGGCUUUCUUGAAAGAUGCAGCACGCAAACGAAAAUUCCAUGUCAUUGUGGCUGAAUGUGCACCAUUUUGUCAGGGACAUGAGAUGGCAGCCAGUUUGUCCAAAGAUGGGAUUGAAACUACAGUCAUCACAGAUGCAGCAAUCUUUGCUGUGAUGUCGCGUGUGAACAAGGUUAUCAUUGGCACUCAGACGAUCUUAGCAAAUGGAGGUCUCAGGGCAGUUUCAGGGACACACACACUGGCUUUGGCAGCCAAACAUCAUUCAACACCUCUCAUUGUCUGUGCACCAAUGUUCAAACUCACCCCUCAGGUGAGAUUCUGGCGAAGGUGAAUGUACAUUGUCCUGUGUUCGAUUAUGUUCCACCAGAGCUCAUCACUCUCUUCAUUUCAAACAUUGGGGGCAAUGCUCCUUCUUAUAUUUACAGACUUAUGAGUGAGUUGUAUCACCCUGAUGACCAUGACCUCUGACUUGUGGAGCAGAUAACAGUUUCCUUAAGUUCACAGAACACCUUAAAGAGUGGACUUUAAUUUUACAGAUUUCUUGUUUUAGAUCUUCAAAUUGCUUAAGAGUCCAGUUAUAGAAUAAGUUGUGUACAGCAAAUUGUGACUUUAAACCUAGUUCAGAAAGAAACUUUUUCCUAUAAUGUUCAAGUUUGAGACCAACAACAUAAACAUGAUUAGACUUUUAUUUAGAAUAAAAGUUUCUUUCAUUUUGUG